AUGAGGCGGUCCUGGAAGGAGCGGGUCUCCAUGGCCCUGCUGGGGGCUGCAGUGGCUUCGGGCCUCACAGCGCUGGUGCUCAUCCUGGUGGAGGCCACCACUGUCCUCUUGCCCGCAGACACCAAGUUCGGGAUCGUGUUCGAUGCUGGCUCCUCCCACACGUCACUCUUCGUCUAUCAGUGGCCUGCGGACAAGGAGAACGACACAGGCGUGGUCAGCCAGGCCCUGGUCUGCCAGGUGGAAGGGCCUGGAAUCUCUUCCUACGCCUCGGAUCCUGCUCGGGCUGGCGAGAGCCUGCAGGCCUGCCUGGAGGAGGCGCUGGCCCUGAUCCCAGAGGCCCAGCACCGGGAGACGCCGGCGUUCCUGGGUGCCACAGCGGGCAUGAGGCUGCUCAGCCAGAAGAACAGCUCUCAGGCACGGGACAUCUUUGCAGCGGUCAGCCAGGUCCUGGGCCAGUCUCCGGUGGAUUUCCAGGGUGCUGAGCUCCUGACGGGGCGGGAUGAAGGUGCCUUUGGUUGGAUCACUGUCAACUACGUCCUGGGAAUGCUGGUCAAGUACUCCUUCUCUGGAGGAUGGAUCCAGACGCCGCAGCAGACGCUGGUGGGCGCCCUGGACAUGGGGGGGGCCUCCACCCAGAUCACCUUCGUGCCCGCGGGCCCCAUCCGGGACGAGAGCACCCAGGCCACCUUCCGCCUCUACGGAUUUGACUACAGCGUCUACACUCACAGCUACCUCUGCUUUGGGCGUGACCAGAUGCUGGGCAGGCUCCUGGCCCGGCUGGUGCAGAGCAGCCCAGCCGUCCUGGUCCGCCACCCAUGCUACCACAGUGGCUACCAGGCCACGCUGUCUCUGGCCUCCCUGUACGAGUCACCCUGUGUCCACACCACGGCCCCCCUGAACCUCACCCAGAACCUCACGGUUGAAGGGACGGGCAACCCUGGGGCCUGCAUCACAGCCAUCUGGGAACUCUUCAACUUCUCCAGCUGCACAGGCCGAGGAGACUGUGCCUUUGACGGGGUCUAUCAGCCCCCGCUGCAGGGCCAGUUCUACGCCUUUUCCAACUUCUACUACACCUUCCACUUCCUGAACCUCACCGCCGGGCAGCCGCUGGGCACCGUCAAUGCCACCAUCUGGGAGUUCUGCCAGAGGCCCUGGAAGCUGGUGGAGGCCAGCUACCCCGGGGAGCACCGCUGGCUGCGUGACUACUGUGCCUCGGGCCUGUACAUCCUCACGCUCCUGCUCGAGGGCUACGGGUUCACCGAGGACACCUGGCCCAGCAUCGAGUUCCGGCAGCAGGUUGGUGGCACUGACAUUGGCUGGACACUGGGCUACAUGCUGAAUCUGACUGGCAUGAUCCCGGCCGAGGAGCCGGCCCAGUGGCGGGCAGAGAGCUAUGGCACCUGGGUGGCCAGAGUCGUGUUUGUGGUGCUGACCCUCUUGGCCAUUCUCGGGACUGCCACGGUCUGGAUCCUCGGGCCCCAGGGCUAG